AUGAGUUCCAUCCCAUCAACAGACGCUGAAUGGGCGGAAACGAUAACCAAGAUGAAGAACCAAGUGCCGAGGCGCUCACUGUCCCAGCCGCCAAUUCCAACACAAAUCCACCGUACAAUAGACCACACCCUACUCACGGUCCCAACCGACCCCACACAGAUCGACACACUGUGCAAAGAAGCCCUUGAAUACGACUUCGCUGCCGUAUGCGUACGACUGGAGCAUGUCGCCCGCGCAGCAAGCCACGUCAAAGGCACCAACACAGCGGUUGCAUGCGUGGUGGGCUUCCCAGAGGGCACGCACCCAACAGCUGAGAAAGUGCGCGAGGCCAAAGAGGCCGUUGCGCAGGGCGCCAACGAGCUCGACAUGGUGAUCCGGUAUAAUCUGCUUAAAGAGGGCCGGUACACGGAGGUAUACGAGGACGUUGUUGCGGUGCGGCAGGCAGCGCCGCCGCCAGUUAUCCUCAAGGCGAUUAUUGAGGCAUCUGUGCUUGAGGGGGACCAGCUCAUCGAUGCGACGAUCGUGUCGUGCAUGGCGGGCGCGGACUAUGUCAAGACUAGCACGGGUUGGAAUGGCGGUGCGAGUGUUGGGCAUGUUACGCAGAUGCGCAUUGCGGCGGGUAUGUGUGGGGACACUUGCUUGAUCAAGGCUAGUGGUGGUAUACGCAGUGCUGAGGAUGCGUUGCGCAUGCUUAAGGCUGGAGCCCUUCGCAUUGGGACUAGUGCUGGGGUUAAGAUUGUGAAAGAGAUUGAUGAGGGGGAGGUUCUUGAACAGGGAAGUGGUCAUGCGGUGGCUUGA